GCAAAUGGUUGCGAUUGCCAUUCCGUCCGAAAAGGAAGUGGCAAAUGUGGGCGGGAGCUCCUUCUCGACUCCUCCUCAUGAGUCCGGCGCCUCGGCCCAGUCGGCCGCUGCGGUCUCCGUCGGCUUGACGUCUUCUCGGCGUCGUCAUCGACUCCGCUCGUGUUUUUGAUGAAAAGAGCGUUUGGACUUUUUUCGACAUUUUCCAUCCCGAACCCCCGAAAGGUUCGCAGGCGCAUCGAGCCAUGACGUCGUCAUCGUCACUCAUUUUGUUGGCCCCGGUCUUGGCCGAAGCAGGGAGCCGCACGGCCGCCGCCCGCAACGACACAAAGUGCGGCGGCAGCGCCCGGUGCAAGGACGGCGUCAUUUUGCCGCCGUGGCGACCGGAGGACCCCGAGCUCCCGGACCGCGUCGCCAGGGCCGCCAUUUAUUUGGUGGGCUUAGCGUACAUGUUCCUGGGCGUGUCCAUCAUCGCCGACCGCUUUAUGGCGUCCAUCGAGGUCAUCACGUCCCAAGAGCGAGAGAUCACCGUCCAAAAAGCCAACGGGGAAAAGUUGACCACCACCGUGCGCAUCUGGAACGAGACCGUGUCCAACCUGACGCUCAUGGCGCUGGGUUCGUCCGCUCCGGAAAUCCUGCUUUCCGUCGUGGAGGUUUGCGGUCACAACUUUGACGCCGGCGAGCUGGGGCCCAACACCAUCGUGGGAAGCGCCGCCUUCAACAUGUUCGUCAUCAUCGGCAUCUGCGUCUACGUCAUCCCCGACGGAGAGAGCCGCAGGGUCAAGCACCUGCGAGUCUUUUUCGUCACGGCCGCCUGGAGCGUCUUCGCCUACACGUGGCUCUACCUCAUCCUGGCCUACUUCUCUCCGGGCGUGGUGGAGAUUUGGGAGGGGCUCCUGACGCUCUUCUUCUUUCCCGUGUGCGUCGGCUUCGCGUACGUCGCCGACCGCCGCCUCCUGUUCUACAAGUACGUGUACAAGCGCCACCGAGCCGGGAAGCGCAGGGGGGUGAUCGUCGAGACCGAGGGCGAGCCCGAGCUUCCCCGCGAGGCCGGCCCCAAAAACAUGGCGGCCCGCGCCCGGGACCCGGACCGCGCCGAGCCGGGCUCGGAGCGCGCCACGCCCAUCCCGCCGGGGACCGCCGACAUCCCGCGGGAGGCGUCGCCGGCCGCCCACCCCGACCGCGACGACCCCCAAAGGUCGGAAAGCGGCCGCUCCGCUCGGGUCUUCUUCCAUCCGGCGAGGUACCGGUGCUCGGAGAACUGCGGCAGCGUGGCGCUGACCGUGAUCCGAGACGGAGAUCUGAGUUCCACCGUCGCGGUUGACUUUCGCACUCAAGACGGGACCGCCAAAGCCGCUUGGGAUUUCCGCUCGGCCGAGGGAACCUUGGUGUUUGGAGCCGGCGAGACGCGGAAGGAAAUCCGCGUCGACAUUGUCGACGACGACAUCUUUGAAGAAGAAGAGCACUUCCUGGUCCACUUGAGCGGCGCCAGGGUCCUUUCCGGCGGCGGGGGCGUCGAAGCGGCGGACGGGGACGACCCGGCUUUGCCUCGCACGGCCACCGUCGCCAUCUUUGACGACGACCACGCGGGCGUCUUCACCUUCGAGGAGCCCACGGUGACCGUGAGCGAGAGCGUCGGCGUGAUGGAAAUCCGAGUGGUCCGGACCGCCGGGGCUCGCGGAGCGGUCGCCGUGCCGUACAGAACCAUCGAGGGGACGGCCAAAGGCGGCGGGGAGGACUUUGAGGACACUCGCGGCGUCCUGCGCUUUGACGACGACGAGAUCUGUCAAACGCUUCGGAUCAACAUCGUCGACGACGAAGCGUACGAGAAGAACAAAAAGUUUUGGGUGGAGAUGGAUGAGCCGCGACUGCUGGAGAUGAGCCGCAGGAAAGCUGUUCUGCUUCAAGACGCCGGAGGUGGAUUCUUGCUGACAGACAAACCGUUGUUCGGCAAAGAGCCGGUCUACGGAAAGCUCCAACGAGAAGACCAGCGCGAGCCCUCUUCUGUUAGGACCAUCUCAGAGGAAGCCGAGGACUUUGGGACAAACGAGGAAGACGAGCGGCGAAUCGCACGCACGGGUCGACCGGCGUUGGGCCAGCACGUCAAACUGGAAGUGGUCAUUGAGGAGUCGUACGAGUUUAAGAAUGCGGUGGACAAGGUUCUGAAGAAGACCAGACUGGCCGUGCUGGUGGGAACGACGUCGUGGAGAGAACAAUUGGCGGAAGCCGUCACAAUCGGCCCAGGAGACGACGACGACGACGACGACAACGGCGGCGGCAAGAAGCCUCCCUCCGCUCUGGACUACGCCAUCCAUUUCCUGACCGUCUUCUGGAAGCUUCUGUUCGCGCUGGUCCCGCCCACCGACUACUGGAACGGCUGGGCGUGCUUCGUGGUCUCGAUCGCGGUCAUCGGCCUGCUGACGGCGCUCAUCGGGGACCUGGCUUCCCAUUUCGGCUGCACGGUGGGCCUGAAGGACUCGGUCACGGCCGUGGUGUUUGUGGCGUUGGGAACGUCCGUGCCAGAUACCUUCGCCAGCAAGGUGGCGGCCUGCCAAGACCAGUACGCCGACGCCUCCAUCGGCAACGUGACGGGAAGCAACGCCGUCAUCGGCGGAGAACUCGGCGGACCGCCGCUCGCCAAGACGGCCACCGCCGGCCUGUUCUUCAGCCUGUGGUUGACGUAUGUCGUCUUGUCGUCGCUCGAGGCCUACUGCCACAUUCCCGGCUUUUGACGCCGCCGCCGCCGCCGCCGCCGCCGCCUUCUGCGUUGGCCGAGCGUCAUCGCGUGGACUCCGAGCCAACUUGAGCGCACACCUCUCUCGCUCUCUUUCGCCGGAGCGAUGUCGCGCCUCUCCAGGCACGUGCGGAUGGACGGAAGGACAAACGGGACGGGCGGUACGGACGAGAGCGCGACUCACGUGGAAUGACGUGGCUUUUCAAAAUGGCUCCAUGACCAAACCCUAAAUCGCCACGAUCACGUGAUCCGCGUCCAACGGCAAUCUGCAACAGAAGUCAAUCAUCCAAAGAUCAUCGCAAUUCACCGGAGACGUGAUUUGAGGUCAUUUCUUUUGGAAAGCGAGCUUUUCACGCACCGAUCAAUGUCAAUGGCGACCAACAAAAAGUGGCGCUGUGCGUUUGCUUUGCGCUCCAAAAAUAAAGCCAAGUGUCGCGGCCCGA